UCGUUCCUUGACGCAGUAAAUAACCACAUCCCAACUAAAACAAUAAAGGAUACCAACUCUCUUCCUUGGGUAGAUAAAGAAGUUCGUCAUCUCAUUCGAAAGAAAUACUCAGCAUUAAAAAGAUACCGCCAAAACAAGUGUGAAACGAGAAAACAAAAGCUAAGAGGCUUAAGUGACGCCGUCAAGUCGCUAGUUAAAAAGAAGCAUAGGGAAUAUCUAAGGAAAAUCGAAACAUCAUUUGCAACUAAUCCAAAACUUUUCUGGACUUACCACAAAGCAAUUUUGCAUAGCAGAUCAAAACAGACUUCUGACAUUGUCUUCAACGGUAUUACAGCAAAGUCUUCUGCAGAAAAAGCCGAGCUUCUGAAUUCUUACUUCUCCUCAGUAUUUACAACAUCCAGUACUGACAUCGGGAAUUGUGAUGGUGAGGCGUCUGAAACUGA